AUGCCAAAUCGGGCAGUCGUGAGGGCUCUAAACCCAAUGCUGGUGACCUAUUUGGAAGCCAGCCGGGACCUUUGCGAAACGGACUCGAUUCUCUUUGGCGCCGCAGUGGCAGUUUGCCGUAUUAUUGGCGCCAAACUUCCCAUGGCUGGACGCUCUACUACACAAAGUAGCGCCAUCCUAGCCUGGAGAAAAAGAAUCGAGGACCGUAUCGCAAAGGCAAGGGCCCUUAUCGGCAGACUGACAAGCUUCAGGUCGGUUAAUAAUAGACCGAGGAUUAUGCGCACCGUUAGGAUGGCAUUUGCUGGGACAAAUAUCAGUUUGUACCAGCCGGAUAUCACGCAGAAACUAACGGAGCGCAUAAAAGACCUGAUGCAAAAGAUCGCUGCUUGGGGGAAGUGGAUUCGACGAUUUAGCGAGAGGUCAAGGCGGUUCAACAAGAAUCGUCUCUUCCAGAGUAAUCAGAAGAGGCUCUAUAAAUCAUUGGAGCGACCAAAGGUAUGUGGAGCGGGCCAAGGACCAGAUCAGGCUGACAUUAUCGCAUUCUGGCGUGGCCUGUGCUCAGAGCCCGUAAACCACAGCGAGGCCCUUUGGAUGGAAGUUGUGGCGAGCCAGGGUGCGAGUGUUACGCCUAUGGACCACAUCACCAUAACGCCAGAAGACGUGGCUGAGGCGAUCCGUAGGGCCCCGAACUGGAAAAGUCCGGGGCUCGACGGGCUGCAUCAUUACUGGCUGAAGGGGUACAUAGUGUGUCACGCUGUGCUCGCCCGACAGUUUCGAGAGGCUCUCGACCAGAAGUCACUCCCGAGCCUCUUCACUACUGGGAUCACUCACUUGGAUUCCUAA